CACUUCCGCCCAGCUAUAGUUCUGCGCAGUCUCCUGGAAUUAUUUGCCAUCUCCAUGGCAACCAGGGUAGCUGAUGUCGGAAAAUGAAGACCUUUGAUUCUACCGAGGGGUCGGGAUCGGGAUCGGGAUCGGGAUCGUUGUCACGAUCUUUACCCGUACAACCCAGCUCCGAAGCGUCCUCUUCGGAAGUCACUUCUAGGUCGGCCCUGGCAGCCGCAAGGGCAGCAGCGUCAGCCGCUGCUGCAGCUACUGCAGCCGUCUCCACUGCCAAAGCAGCUGCAUUGUCUGCAAAGACCCAAGCGCCCUAUUCUGAGCGAAGCUUUCCCUCGGGUCCCUCCUCUGAUAGUCUUGUGAACCCCUGCCCAGGACACAGUUUUACCCACAAGAUAGGCCAUAGGAGACUUGGCUUUAAGCCUGUUUCCUAUAUUGUUCGGCAUCCCUGUCCUACAAAUUACCCUAACACUAGCACAGUUCCUGGCUCUAGCCCUGACCCCGUUCCUGGCUCUAGAUCUGGCCACUUUCCUGGCUCCAGAUUGAGCCCCGUUCCUGGCUCUAGCCCUGAACCCGUUCCUGGCUCCAUAUCUGGCCACUUCCCUGGCUCCAGAUCUGGCCACUUCCCUGGCUCCAGAUCUGGCCACUUCCCUGGCUCCAGAUCGAGCCCUGUUCCUGGCUCCAGACCGAGCCCCGUUCCUGGCUCCAGAUCGAACCCCGUUCCUGGCUCCAGAUCGGGCCCCGUUUCUGGCUCCCAAUCUGGCCAUGGCCCUGACCCUGGCCAUGGCUAUGGUUCUAGUAAAGCCACUGGCCUGGAUUCUCGCUCUGGUUAUGUCUAUGCCUCUGGGCCUGCUCCAGACAAUGAUCCUGAGCUCAGCCCCAGCACUCUUACAAGCUUCAGAGAUCCUGGGGCAAACCUGGUCCCUAAUCAUGCCUCCUGGAAUCACUACCAAUGCUGGGAGCCUCGGAAACAACCCUGGAAAUUUUUGCCAGUUUCAGAACCUGUUGCCCAAAGGCAGCUAUGGAAGGCCCCUGAGGCUGAAGUGAAGUGUGAGCCUCUCAGUAAAACACUGCCACGGGGCCAGUGCCUUCUCUACAACUGGGAGGAAGAGAGAGCUACCAAUCAUCUGGAUCAAGUACCAAGCAUGCAGGAUGGCUCCGAGAGUUUCUAUUUCCGACAUGGACACCAGGGACUGAUAACCCUGCAGCUCCAGUCACCCGUACCCCUCAGCACCACCCAGAAAGACUCAUUUCAGCCCCCAAGAAUCCGCUGUCAGCCAAUUCGAGGAAAACGUGAAGCCAUGCUGGAGAUACUCCUGUGCCACCAGAUCUGUAAAGAGGUGCAGGCAGAGCAAGAACUGACAAGGGAGCCAUCUGAGGCCGAGUCUGUGACACACCAUGACUACAAAGCGGAGCUGGUGCAGGCAGGGGAUCCUGCUCCAGCUAAGCCUCACGACUACUGUACGGAACAACCUGAAACUUUCUGGAUACAGAAGGCACCACAGCUACCGGGUGUCAGUAACAUCAGGACCCUGGACACGCCAUUCCGGAAGAACUGCAGCUUCUCAACACCAGUGCCUUUGUCCCUGGAAGAGCCUUUUCCCAAUGGACCUGAGAAUUAUUCUUACCAAUUAGGACAAAUCUCUUCUCUUGGCUGUCAGGGAAGAGGGCAGGGUGGUGAGGGGCGUAGAUGUGUCUAAGGGUUGAGGAGGGAAGUGAGAUGUGGAAUAUGGAAUCUAUUUCUGUCUGUACUGGAAAGGUGUUUAUACUUGGUGAAGGGGCUUUACAUAAAGGGUUCUUUCUCA